GUCACCCACAACGGUGAGACGCGCGCUCCCGCCCCACCACUAGCGCGCGCCGCCGUUGCUGCGGAAUUGACGGGGCUGCCGUCGGCGCGAGAGCGGAUACAGACACUCACCUAGAAAAUAAUGAACAACAAAUUUGACGCCCUGAAAGAUGACGACAGCGGAGAUCACGACCAGGACAACAGCUCACCGAAAGACGGGGAGAAGGAAAAAAAUGACGAAGAGGAGAACGACUCGAACACUACCAAGAGAAAGGCGGUGGUCCCGGGGGCCGGUGAGCACCCUCUUCAGUACAACUACACGUUCUGGUAUUCUCGCCGUACACCAGGACGGCCAGCCAGCACACAGAGCUACGAACAGAACAUCAAACAGAUCGGCAGCUUUGCUUCGGUGGAGCAGUUCUGGCGUUUUUAUAGUCACAUGAUCCGACCGGGUGAUCUGACUGGUCACAGCGAUUUCCACCUGUUUAAGGAAGGAAUCAAACCCAUGUGGGAGGAUGAUGCUAAUAAGAGUGGAGGCAAAUGGAUCAUCCGGCUUCGGAAAGGCCUGGCGUCACGCUGCUGGGAGAAUCUGAUCUUGGCGAUGCUGGGCGAGCAGUUCAUGGUGGGCGAGGAGAUCUGUGGGGCUGUGGUUUCUGUUCGCUUCCAGGAGGAUAUCAUUUCUAUCUGGAAUAAGACGGCCAGUGACCAGGCCACCACUGCUCGCAUUAGAGACACGUUACGCAGAGUCCUCAACCUGCCUCCUAAUACCAUUAUGGAGUAUAAAACACACACCGAUAGCAUCAAAGCUUGGGAGGAUUUCCAUGGUCUUGUGAAUGCAAGCGGAGGCCGCUAGUUUUUCACCUGAAGAGCGUGUGACGGAUUAUCAAGACACCAUUCUCGGCGAAACGGACGUUUCCGAGGAAGCGAUCUGUUUUUAAUAGAAAAACGAACGGGACGUCGUGAAAAGGGUCAGCAUGAAACAUUUUUACUCUUGAAGACUUGCGGCUUCUGUUUUUAUAAUCAUCCAAACGCCACAUCACCUGAAAACUCUCACCGAAGAAGAAGAAGAAGAAACCAAAUCGUCAACAUGUGAACGAAUGUUUUCCAUUCAGUCAUUAGCUGGAGCUCUCAGAGGGACACAGCGGGACCACAUAGUUCAGCCACCGUGACAUGAACUAAUGGCUGGGAACUGCCACCGUUUUCCAAGAAGAAAAACAACAUGCCCUUGUUUAGUACAGUCGCAUUUAACUGAAUCAUCAUCUGAGUAACACAGCCUCGUGAGGAGGAAGACACGAUUCACUUAGGUCACAUUAUUUACCAAUGAGGUUGCAGGUUGAUGGGGAUAUUUUACUAUAGUGCAGUAUUUUAGCUACAGUGUUGAGUUGUUUUAAAAUAGAACUGUUGUACAAAAAAAAAAUUAUAUUUCUAAACGUAUUCGGAGAGCUCUAUAAUGGCAAACUUUUUAUUUCUCCUGAGCUGAGAGAGUGUAAACCCAAAGGACAGUGCCCUGUCAGGGAUGGGUACCACGCUGCCUGAUUUCACUGUGCCUGGCCUUCGCCUCCGGCAAAUCACUGAAUCUCAAGAGCGCUCCACAUCCUGGCACUCCGCUGGAGGAGACCGCACUGGAGACGCGACUCGUAGGACUCCAAGCCCUGUUUUAGAAACCGCUCGAAUAACUAACAAACACUGAUCUGUUAACGGGGCUGCGUAUCAACACCUACUUCAUACUGCCUGAAAUUCAGUGCUGGUGCUGGACAGCUGUAUUCGAGGUACUUAAAAAAGUGGAAAGGAAAGGUUUUUAAUUACGAUUGAUCAUAGCAAUAAAUGUCGAUUAUGCAUCUGCUGCUAA